AUGUACGACGAUCGACAGACGCACUGGGUGACUGGAACGACACACAGUUUUCGGAUCUUCCCGUUGCACGUUCACUUCGUUCUCACGGACAUGCCGACCAAAGCUGAAUGGUCCAAUGGCCAUGUAGAUAGUCGGGUAGUCGUCGAUAUUAGCGGUUGGCAUAAUCGGUCGGUAGAACGUCUCGCUCACGAACACGGUCGUCGCCUGAUCGAUAAUUCUACGUGGGGAUCGGCAGCCCUCGCCAUCAUGGAUAGGGCUCUGACGAAGGCGAUAUCGCCGAAACGUUGGCCGCUGUUUAAUAAAGAUCGAUACCAAUCUUGA